CAUAGCCAAAUUCUUCUCAUGGACAAGCAGCUGGAUAAGGAUAUGGUGAUGCCAACUAUGGAAGUUGAGAUAACAUCUAGAGAAGUCAUCAAGCCUUCCUCCCCAACUCCACCUCACCUGAAGAUUCACCAUCUAUCAUUUUUCGAUCAGUUCAUCCCUUCCUGGUUUGUCCCUCUUAUCCUUUUCUACCCCAACAAGGAGCUUGAUAAGCAACCUUCAUACUCAGCCACCAAAAGAUUGCAUUUGCUCAAAACCUCCUUAUCUGAAACUCUAGCUCGAUACUACCCACUUGCAGGAAGGAUUGGAGAGACAGAUUUUAUAGAGUGUAACGAUGAGGGGGCUGUAUUUUUGGAAGCACGAACCAACAGUGAUCUAUCUGAAGUUCUGAAUAACCCAGAAAAUGAGAUAUUGGGCCAGUUGUUGCCAGAUGAUCUACAGUGGAGUACUAAUUCAAACACCCCGCUAGUUGUUCAAAUCACCUUCUUUGGCUGCGGAGGAAUGGCCAUUGGCUUGUGCCUGUCACACAGGAUAGUCGACAUGUCAAGCAUGGGCAGAUUCCUCAACAACUGGGCUAGCAUUGCCCGUGGCACAGCCGAUUACCAAAGCGUAUUGCCAGAUUUCAGUGGGGCGACUCUUUUCCCACGUGGUGAUCUACUGGUGCCACCACCACAUAAGCUUCCAGCAGAGACUUUUGUCACCAGGAGGCUUGUGUUCAGUGCCUCAAAGAUAACAUCUCUCAAGGCCAUCGCCAGUAAAAACCUGCAAAAUCCCACAAGGGUUGAAGCUGUAAGUGCUCUAAUCUAUAAAUGCGCAAUCUCAGCUUCUAGAGCAAACUCAAAUAUGCUAAAUCCGACCCUCUUCAUCCAAUCGAUCAAUCUGCGUUCGAGGAUGGACCCGCCAUUGCCUCAAAGUUUAACAGGAAACAUAGUUUUUGUGUUUUCAGUGUUGACUAGUAAAGAAAGUGAGAUAGAAUUGCACGGUCUAGUUGAAUGUAUGAGAGAAGAACUAGUGAAAUUCUGUGAUAAGCAUGCAAAGAGCUUUAGAAGGAAAGAAUGGUUCUCAGCAAUUUCAGAGUGCUUGGAAGAUGCAAGGAAAGUAUAUUAUUCAAGUAAAAACUUAAGCAAGUACAGUUGUACUAGUUGGUGCCGGAUUCCUCUAUACCAGGUGGAUUUUGGCUGGGGAAGACCGGAAUGGGUGACCACUACUAGUUGUGGGAUGAAGAAUUCUAGUGUGCUGAUGGAUACAAGAGACGGGCUUGGGAUUGAAGCAUUGGUGACCUUGGAAGCACAAGACAUGGCUAUAUUUGAGCGUGACAAUGAGCUGCUUUCAUUUGCCACUGUCAAUCCCAGAGCUGUGGAGGCUGCCCCAUAUGUUGAUACGUAGCCCCAUAAGAUGAAUAGUGUCAAUGCCAAUGAUUGAACUCUCCAAAACGGCAAAACAAACAAAACUCAUACUCAAGGGUAGUCAUUUUUUAGCCUUUUUAUGUGUUUUUUGGUUUGCAUUGCAAAGUAUGACACUGUUUUAAAGUGCUUAUUCUAAA